UUUCCUCUGCGCUGCAGUCCCCCACCCCCAAAUCACAACCCUAGGUCACAGAAGUCUCCCCCACCGCCGCAGGGAGUGAGAAUCAGCGCCGCCGGCCAUUGCUUUCAGUCACCUUGAAACCUUCAACCAAGCUUCUCUCUCAAAGAAAGAAAAAAAAAGUGAUAAACCCUAGCCUCCAUUGUCGCCGUCGUUCUUCUCACCGCCGCCGUUCCACCGUUCUCCCCCAGCUUCUUUUCUUCGCGAGUUGCCAGCUUCUUUGCCAGCCUCCAUUGUCGUCCAUCGUGUGCUCGUCGCUGCCGCCAGCUUCUCCGCGUCACAUUGUUGCUCCCUCUCCUUCAAAUAUCUGCUCACUAUCCUCGCCGAAGGCAAUGGAGUUUGUUAAUAGGAUAGUUGAAAGUGCAAGGAAAGCUUCGAACAACAAUACGGUGAUCAAUGUUUGUCUCGCUGCUUCGUUUAUGGUGCUGGCUGGUAGAUCAUUCCAUCAGCAAAAAAUAAUUGAGGCUCUGGAGACUGAGAAAGCAUCUCUUGUAAAAUCAAAUAAGGAUAUUAAAAGGACUCUUUGGAAUUGGAAGCAGCAGCUCUACGCAGAAGCCACGAGCGACGACGCCCUCGUACCACUGCAUAGGCUCAAGGCCAUCUACGGCGAAACCCCGCAUUCUACAGCCGUUAUUGUUGUAGAUUCACAAUGAGAGAGAGAGAGAGAGAUAGAUAGGAACGUACCUGCAGAUUCAGUGAUUUGCAGCGACGGUGACCGGCAAAGACGACUUUGUGGAAGAAGACGUUGCAGAUUCACAAAUCACAAUGAGAGAGAGAGAACUUAGGGGCAGAUGGAGGGCGGCGGUGGGCGGGUAAGUUCGGGCAUUAGAGAAUUCGAAGAAGAGGCUCUGCUCUCAGACGGAGGACGGCGGCCGGCAGGUAAGUUCAGGCAUUAGAGAAUUCGAAGAAGCUCUGCUCUCAAACGGUGGACGGCGGCCGGCGGGUAAGUUCAGGCGUUAGAGAAUUCGACAAAGAAGCUCUGCUCUCAGACGAAGGACGGCGGCCGGCGGGUAAGUUCAGGCGUUAGAGAAUUCGAAGAAGAAGCUCUGCUCUGGGUAAGUUCAGGCAUUGGAGAAUUCGAAGAAGCCCUGCUCUCAAAUGGAGGACGGCAGCCGGCGGGUAGGCAUUGGAGAAGAAGCUCGCUGCUCUCACUACUCUUACUCACAAUAGAAGAAGAUUAGAGUUUGAAAUUUGAACUAAAGAGUGAAACCCUAGGCACAAAAGUUAUUUAUAUAUUUUUUAUAUUUAUUAAUUUUUAUAUAUAUUUUAUAUUAUAAUAUAUAAUAUAAAAUAUAUACUCCGGGGUGGGUACACCCUGACCCUGCCCUGCUGGUGCACCCGCCCCGCACCGGGUCUAACCCGUCCCGACCCAGUAGAGGCGGAUCGGGUACCCAUGAGUUCAGGUACUCCUGCCAACCCUAAAUUAUUUCUUUUUGUGUUAUGAGUUCUGUGACUUGGGAGCCAAUGUUAUACAUAUAAUCCCUUGUGUUUGAGAAGUUUUGGUAUGCUUAUAAUGCGGUCAAUUAUUUGGAUGGAACACAGUUUAUUUUCACUUGUGAUUCUGGCAACAUCAGAUAUUGCCUUGACAAAACAAGGUUUCAAUUUGGAGGGGGAAAGAAACCCUGAAUUGAAAUUAGGGAUGGAAUCGAGCCAAGCUAAGUUCAAGUUUGGUUCAUCGCUCAGCUCAUUAACAAUCGAGUCUAUUUGUAAAGUUUAAACUCGACUCACCAAAAGCUCACAAGUUGAAUUGAGCUCACGAGCUGGCUCAAAUAACAUGAACAUAUAUAUAUAUGUUGUCUAUCUAUCAAUUAUGAUUUAUUUCGUCUAUCAAUAUAUGCCUAUGUGAUUAAAAGUACAAAAUACAAGUUCAAGUUCAACUCAUUUAAUGAGUUCAAAUCUUGGCUCAAGCUUGGCUCACAAACUCAUGAGCUUAGCUUAUCGACCUAUCCAUAAGUUGAACUCAAAUUGGCUCACGAGCUGGCUUGACUUACUCCUGGCUCCAAUCGAAACCUCCUUGUCAAUUUUUGUAUUAAGUGUUGUAGGUGAUAAUAUAUUACCGUUAGGAAGACCAUGGAGAUAGUUUGUUACUACCUUCAUUUAUUGUUUUAAUAUAGAUAUAAAUUUUCAACGAGGGAAAAAGGGCUUAUUUCACAAAGCAUUUGUGUUGUUAUUCCUUGAUGACAAUAUGUUUCUUACUUUUGCUAUUUGAUUUUGGGGCAGUUGAGUGGAUGUUAGUUGUUUUUAGUUUCAUUUUGAUAAAAAAAUGAUUCGUUCUAAGAACUUAUUAUCAGUUUCUGUUUAUCUCAUCAACUCCUCCUGUUAGAGAAAAUUUCCAGUCUUAAAUAGGAAGUGUUAGGGUAUAAAUGGAUGGAGAAUGAUAGCAGGACAAGAGGCAAUAACAUUAGUUCAGUGAACUGUUAAAGUUAAAAUUGUUGAAAAAAUGAGAAAAAUUCAUACAUAAAUGUCACUCAUUAAUCAUCCACUAUGUUCCAAGUAUUUAUUUGCCAGCUUGACUGCUGCAUCAUUUGUUGUGUCUACAUUAGUUUAACUACCUUGUCGAUUUGUUUUAUAAGUCUGAUUUGGUGCCUAAACAUGUCACAACUAGUAAAGCAUUGCAAAUGCUUGAUGUUGGUCAUCCAAGUUUGGGAUUCAUCAUGAUUUUCAUGUAUUACUUUUAUGGU